AUGCUGUCUCCACGGUUGUUCCACAAAAUCUUAGGAGUAGCUUUUUUCCUGUUUCCAUGCUGUGCUCAAGGUAAACCAGCAGGAAUUCGUCCACCGCCUGGUUUUGGGCACUUGCCUGAAGAUGGGAUAGAUGAAGGAUUUAUACCAGGUUUCCUACCGCUGGUUGAUAAUAAAAUGGAAGAUGUUAUGCAUCAAUUAGAACAUCGGAUUUCCAGACUUGAAGGAGUCCUCCACUUGGAAAAGAUGAUAACAACAUCUGGAGGAAAAAUAUUUGCUACCAAUGGGAAAAGAGCUGAUUUCCGUACUACACUGAAAAAAUGCAAAGAGGCUGGAGGGUCUAUUGCCACUCCGAGGAACGCGGGCGAGAAUGAUGCCAUUCUCUACUUUGUGAAAAGUUUUAAUACCUACGCCUACCUGGGGAUAGAAGAAUCUCUAAUUCCAAGCAAAUUCCAGCUCCUGGAUGGUACACAGCUGAACUAUACCAACUGGCAUUUAAACGAACCUUCUGGCAAAGGGGAAGAGGAAUGUGUGGAGAUGUACACCGAUGGCACUUGGAAUGACAGAAGGUGCAACCAGAAUCGCCUUGUUGUCUGUCAGUUUUAG